GGAAAUUCCAGGACGCUCCAGGUUGAAGGGAAGAAGAUCCACCUGCUGACUGUUUGAGUGACACCACUUUACCAGGAGACAUGGCCUCACCGAUGAUGGAAGUAGCAAGUCUGGGUCGACCUUUUACGUUGGGGAUGCUUUACGAUGCUCAGAAAGAUAAACUCCUCCCAGGUAUCACAUUGUGGGAUGAGACGACUCUUAAAGAGAAGAUGAUUCAGAAUCCUCAGCAUAGCAGUCAGUUUCAAAUCGCUGCAUCUGAUUCUUUCAAAGAAAAGUCUUCUCUGCUGGAUGUUGACGCCUCCCUGAAGGCCAGUUUCAUGAGUGGACUGAUUGAAGUUAACGGAUCCGCAAAAUAUCUGAACGAUGCGAAGAAGUCCCACCAUCAGAGCCGAGUGACGUGUCAGUACAAAGCGACCACCGUCUUCAAACAGCUGACUGCUCUUGACUCCAAGAACAUCCAGCAGAUCGAUGAUUCUGUGAAGACGUUGGCCACUCACGUUGUCACCGGCAUCCUUUAUGGUGCAAACGCUUUCUUUGUGUUUGACAGCGAGAAGUUAGACAGCAGCAAUGUUCAGAAGAUCGAGGGCAGCAUGCAGGCUGUGAUCAAUAAGAUUCCCUCAUUUAAUGUUGAGGGCAAAGUUGACAUCAAGCUGAGUGAAGAAGAAAAGGACACGGCCAAUAAGUUUACCUGCAAAUUCUACGGAGACUUCAUUCUUGAAAGCAACCCUGCAAAUUUUGAAGAUGCCGUGAAGACCUACAUAGAGCUGCCAAAGCUACUGGGAGACGACGGAGAAAACGGGGUUCCUCUGAAAGUCUGGAUGAUGCCGCUGAAUAACUUUGAUUCAAGCGCUGCGGAGGUGACGCCUGAGAUCAGUCCUGGACUUACAGGAAGAGCUCAAGAUCUUCUGGGAGGUUUUCAGGACCUGAAAAUGAGAUGCAACGAUUGUCUGGAAGAAAACAAUUAUUUCCCACUGAUUCAUGAAAGGUUGAGUCAUUUCCAAAAUCUAUGUGAAAAGUACAUUGCUGGAGUCAAGGAGAAAAUGGCAAAGAGUCUUCAGUCCCUCAAGGCAGGAGGCAAAGAUGAGACAGGGUUCAAAGCUGCCUUUGAUGGUGAAGAAACAUCCCCAUUCAGUUUGGAGAAAUUAAAGAAAUGGUUGGAAGAUAAAGAGCGAGAAGUCAGCGUCAUCACUUCCUGUGUGGAGAUGACGGAGGGAGCAAAGAUCGUCAGGAAUCAGGCAGAGUUGGACAGGGAGCUUCUUGAUCCAGACGUAGAAGAUGUUCUGUGCUUUGUCUUCACCUCUGUGGAAACUACUGACCCCUAUCUUCAGGAAAUGUCUGAUUACCUGGAUCCGCUGCCCUCAACCGCUGCCAGGGACGGAAGUCCAUCCACCAAGUGGUUCUUCUCAGCAGACGUGAUAAACAAAAUGAGAGAAAAAGCCAAAGAGUUCGGUGAACUUCACAGAGCUCUGAAGAACAAGAGCAGAUACAGAUUCCUUAUAGCAGUUAUAUCAAAUGACAAAUAUGAAGGAGCAAGCAUCUACCACUACAGGAACAUCGUCCUACUCAGUGAUGACUUCUCAAAGCCUGAUGUCACUGAUGUGGAAAACAUAACCAACAAAAGAGAUUUAAUGUGGUAUGCCACUGAUCUCUCCCUGGAUCCAGACACGGCACAUCCCAGAAUCCUCCUGUCUGAAGGAGACAAGAAAGCGACACAAGGAGAAGAGCAGUCGUAUCCCGACCUCCCUCAGAGAUACGAUCAUUAUGUUCAGGUUCUGGGCAGACAGGAGCUGACUGGUCGUCAUUACUGGGAGGUGGAGUGGAGCGUUACUUAUAAGAAGGGUGUAGAUGUAGGUGUGACCUACGGUGGACCUCCAUGUAAAGGAGGCAGUGUCAUGUGCUGUGUAGGAUACAAUGACAUGUCUUGGUCUUUUGGCCAUAGGUUUGAACAAGGCUUCUUCACUUACUAUGGUGAUCACUGUAGAGACAGUGAUUAUUAUGAUCCUGAUCCCAAAACUAGCAUCAGCCAGCUGGGAGUGUACCUGGACUGGUCUGCAGGGACUCUGUCCUUCUACAAAGUCAUUGGUGACAAACUGAUUCACUUUCACACCUUCAAGACCAAAUUCUCUGAGCCUCUUUAUCUAAUCCUUCAGUUAAAAGGUGACAAAAACUUAAUUCACCUCUCUCUGUAAACCUGGACCCACAACCCAGCCAGCAUUUAUCUGUGGGUCCCGCAUGAGCUGAAAAUAGACAGACAGGUUGACACCCCCACCCC